AUGGUUGGGUUAGUUUCCGUUUAUAUAAUGGAUAUGACGCGAGUCCCAAAGGGGCUGCAAGAGGCUGAACUCCCAAGUCUGAAUGUCUUCUUUGUGGAUUGCUUAAAGAGCUUUUUUAAGCGAACAAAACGGGUUCUCAUAGCUCGAUCUAACCCAUUCUUAGCUGGCCUAGCUUGUUGUAAACCGACCAGUAGCUACAUGUCUCAGUCUUCCUUUCAAGAACCAAGCCUAGUCACAUCUAGCUACUUGGAUAUGAAGGAAAGAGCAGAUAAAAUAGCGGAUGGUAGAGCAUCGGGUGUAAAAGAGCUCCUAUGUAUCGGUUCCAUCCUUAGGAACUACCAACUAGCUAACAGGAAAGAAGAGAGCACAGACAGAACUAAUUAG